AUGGUUUUACUGCACUUUUACCACGAACUAAACUGGAACAUCAUGAACUCUUCUAUUCUUCAGUUCUCUAUUGCACUAGAAAGGAUGAUAGAGUUGUCUACUGCUUCUCAAACAGUUUGGAAGUUUUCGGAAGUCUACAUACCUCAAGAAAACUCGAUUGCAGUUUCUUAUUACAUCGUAGACGCGCUACCCAUUUCAGAUUUUUCAUUAAAGUGUAUAACUCACCUGUACCGCAUUGGUUUGACACUCCAUCAAUUGGAUAGGUACAGUUGCAUUUAAAGGCGCAGUAUUCGGUUAUGGAAUAGUCUACAACGCAGGUCCCUGGCGCAGUACUCUGACCCACACGACAUUUUCUCUUCGCUGUGGCCGAAUCGCAUGGGUUCACUUCAAAUUCGCAAUGGUCUCCGCUGUCACAUCCAGGACAGAUGCACAGUACACUACCAGUGUUCGGGUUGA